CCUCCUCGACCUCCUCUUCAACCUUUGCAUCCCUUCUCUUAUCUCUUUUUCUCCUACCACUACCUCAUAAUUCAGUCUCGAUCAAAAAAUCGAAUAAUUAUCGACUCUCGCACGAUUCAACUCCUUAUCACUCAGAGGUAUUAAACUCGACCCCGGCACGUCACAACAAUCCCGUAAUCGUCGACUGAUCCCUUCAUCGCCUCCCCACUCAUCCUCUGCGCUGGCGACCACACCCUACUCACAUCAAGUCAAUACGUCUCACUCUUACUCAUCUUCUAUAAUUCGGCAUCACCCCGUCUACCCCUUCCGCCGACCACCACCCUCUCCCCCCAUGUCCGACCACAACACUCCCCCAGUAGCCGUCAUUACCCGCCCCGACGGCGAGUCCUUCACUAUCAUUGACCAGCACUAUGAGCAACUACGCGCUGACCGCGAGUCCCUCAACCUCUACCGCUCUCGUGCAGCCAACUAUCGCGAAGCUGCGGAUAAGCUGCUCGAAGCUGCGCGUCUUCUUGAAGAGGAGUGCAGGCCUAUCGAGGAUAGACUGAGCAAAACGCGUCAGUUUUGUCAGGCGAGCCUCUCCGACUCGCCUCCAUCCGAUCGCGCGUCGUCCGUGCUCUCUACCGUCCAGCAGCUCGCCUCAGAGGCACUCCCCGUCGUUCAGCAGCUGCCAGCGUACAACCAAGGCUUGACAAAUGGUAAUGGUGCGGUGUACCCCAGGCACAUGGGUCUCCAGUACGUUAACGCUCCCGCGACUCCCCCCUCACCCCACCGUGAGCAUCAACCUUACGUGCUCCCCGAACGUCAUCACACACACACACCCGUGUCUGCGCAAAGCUAUGCUACCCCUAACGGACAGCGGCCGCUCAAGCGUUCUCGGUCAAUGGUCGAGGAGGAUGAGCUCGAGGAGGAUCGCAAGAGCUCCCCUCGCUCUCUCACGAGCACGGACGGCAUGGUUAUGAAAAUGAUGCCCCACGAGCAGAACGCUGCUCCCGCGCGCAAGCAGGGCAAGUUCACCGACGAUGAUAGGCACAAAAUUGCGGCCUACCUCGCCACGACUACGUCGCGUGCCCAGAAUGGUGGAAUCGACUGGAAGCAGUUUGCGCUCUCGAACCCCAAGUACGACGCGACCGGUUGGCGUACGCAGUACCAUUCUCGCAAGCAUAAGAUUGAUCCCUUAAUCGAACAUUACCGGCCCCAACAGGCUGCUCACGGCCAGUCCCAGUUUCAGCAGCCGGCGCAGCAGCCGUACGUCACGGGUCACGGCGCACACACCCCUUCCGUCACUGCACAGCCCAGUCCGCCCUCUGCUUACGCCCAACCCGCACCUGCCUACGCGCAGCCGGAACAGUACGCCAAGAUCGAGGAGGUCAGGCCGAUGGCACCUUCCGUAUAUGCCGCCCCGGAGCUCGAGCGUGAGGAGCCAAGGGGUAGCUAUGCCCCUUCGGCGUCUGUCUACGCGCACGCCGCAAUUAUCUCGUAUGCUUCGCAUUCUCCUGCAGCCACGCCCGAACCACAGCAACCCCGGCUAAGUGAUGCGCGCGACGAGCCAAUGGAAGAUCGCGAUCGUGACCGUCCGCGUGAGCAUCAGCAUCAGCACGAGUAUGAUGUCGAACGGGACCAGGACCAUGCCGAUGGACCUCCCGCACCGCCCAUCGCGACUGUUUCCGUUGCGGAAAGCAGCUGAUGCGUAUCCUCUCACCGAUCGACAUCGUGAUUGUUGUUCGGCUAUGGAAAGCAGCGUUGGCGCUGAUAGACCCAUCGCCUAAGUCACUGUUGUCUCGUCUUGGGCGCUUGCAUUUUUUUCGCUCUCCGAUGAUGAAUGCGGAUUUGGUUUGGGAAUGGCCAGAUCUGCACCGGUUGGUGACGAGACAGGAUGUCACAUGCAUGCUGGACCCGAUCCGACCGGACACUGCCGAGCCGAGCUGAUUCAUCUGCUUUCAUCAACUCAUCUGCAUCGCACUAUUCUUUCCACCAGCUGCACCUUUACUCCAUGCGUCUAACGAAUCAUCAUUAAACCGGACCCUGCACUACCCUCCUCAAUUCGUUAUAAUUUCAUUGUGUCCUUUAUGUCUUCCUGUCUGUCGUCAUUCACGUGCGGCGGUGGCUUAUCCACGCUCCUGUUCUCACUGCCAUUACUGCUACUGCUCAAAUAACUGCGUACUAUAU